AUGGACGCCAGAAUGAAAUUUCGCCACUUGCGUCCCGCGAAUUUGAAGGAGGUUGAAGCGGUGAAGGCUCAGGUGACGAAGGAUAUGAGUGAGAUCGACCAACGCCUCAAAAGCCUAGCCAGGUCCAGACAGUGCACAAAGGACUCACAGAUGCUCCGAACACACUUCGUCAUUUGGCUCGACGCCUGUCGUAAGCAGCAGGCGAUUGAGCAAAGCCUCGUCGACGAGUUGAACACCUCGGUGUACAAAAACGACGACUUAAACUUGUUGAAGUGGGAUGAGAAUAAUGUUAGCCUGUCCCAAUUGCACGAGGCUCAAUCCAAGGACUUGGAGGUAUUUGUGUCAGAGGUGAUAAAGCCCCUCAGCCAAUUGAGAUUGGACAUUAAGCAGUCAAGACGAUCCAAUCAAACGCUUCGCGCUGAGUUGAGGGAUGCCAACUCAGCUAUCGAGGUGGAAACCUUUAAACUUGUGCAGCUUGAAAUUGAAUUUAACGCAUUUCCUCUUGCGUCCAGAUUGGAUACAUUCAGACGGCUGAGUUUAGAGGAUGCUGCAGAGAAUCACGGGGGAAUACCAUCGGAGGCAUGGGAAUGGCCAACUCAUGAUGAGGUGUUCCGAGACAACCUCCUUUCAGAGUUCAUUCACCUUGACACUGGUUUUCUUGGUAAAAUCAAGGGCGUCAAAAAAGAGUUUACUGAAAUGGAAAGGGAGUACCGGACUUUUUUGUUUCCUUCCAGUCUUGAUAAAUGGAAGGAUGAGGAAGUGUAUCUUGCUGAAUUCCUGUGGGAAGUGUAUAAUUCUUCGGAAGUGCCAAGAAGACGUGAGACCUGCAUAGACCUUCUUUCUCGUAUACCCACAAUCAAGUCAAAAAAGCCUUUUUCGCAGCUAAUGGAUUUUAUCAGAGUGCACGAUGUCCAAAAAAUGAAAUUGGAGGACUUGGUACAAGCGUGGACGCGAGCCCGACAGGAUCUCGCCGACCGCAUCCAACUGACCCUCGAGGAUGCCAUUGAGUCGAACAUCAGAAAAAAGGAAGAACAAGCCAGUGUGGAGAAGCAAAGAAUGAUUUGCCAACAGCUCGCGGAACAGGUACAGCAAUGGCGGAAGCAGAAAGCGGAAUUGGAGGAACUCGAAUUUCGCGCCAAGGAAGCCGAGCGCAAGGUCAAAAUGGCGCAGGAAAAGGAACGACAAGACCGCGAAACACAUCGUCGUCAGAUAAUUAAAAACAAGCUGCGGCAUCGUAAGGAAUCCCAACUGCGAGAACAGGCGGAGUUUGAGGAAGCAGAACGCCUACGCAUGGAAGAACUGCGUCGCGUUUUUGAGAAGCAACGACGCAAAGACACGAAGCGUCUGGUGGAGAUGGCGAAGGCGAGACUCAAACGACAGUCUGAGCUACGUGUCGAGGCGCUCGGUGAAUUGGCAAGGCAAAAGGAGGAAGCAGAAGCUCGACUUGAGGCGAUUCGUGCUAAGGUGAGCGGCCUGCCUGAAAAGUUUCACGUGCGACCGGUGGUACCGGAUGACCCCUUUAGAGUUUACUCCAGUACUGAGUCUUGGCGUCACCGUCUAGAACAGACGACACUUCCAGAGGAGCAGGAAGUGGUCGAGGCUCGUGAACUGCUGAAAUUCUACGUCACCAUCGACAAUCCGAUUACAACCUUCACGGAUGCGCAAAUUCAGAAGGAUCGCCGAAACCGCAUUUCCACGGCCCUCUUUGAGGCGGGUUUAUUGGGUUCAAAUUAUGCGCGGAAUCUCCUGGCCCAGGUGCCGCCAUCGAAGCAACAAGCUCCGCUUCUGCGCGUCUCAGAGGCGGAGGCCCCUGCGCGCCGCGCGAAAAAGUGCUCUGUCUUCUCGCCCAAAACUGACCUAUUUCGCAGUACUUAUAAUCAACUUGGCUAA